AUGAAUAUGUAAAAAUUAUUAGCUUAGAUAAAUAGAUAGAUAGAUAGUUAGUAAGUUAAUAUUAUAAACAAAAAUGAUAAAGAGAUUUAUAGUUUUUGUCAAAAGUCAUACAAAAAUUAACAAAUGAAUACAAAUGAAACUAUGAAUAAGACUUUUUAUAAAUAUAUUUAUAUAUAUUCAAUCAAAAAUUUAUUUGAUAGAUUAAAGGAGUAUAGCAAAUAAAUAAAUAAGAAAACAAGCAAACAAAAAAGCCUAUGCAAAAAAGAAAGAGUAAAAACAAAGUUUUAUGAAUAAAUUGAGAAAUUUUGA